GGCAGCCCAUCGCGACAGCUUCAAUGCCCAAAACUUUGCGAAAACUUCAGCACGAUCAUUCUCCUCAUCUCCCCGUCCUAAGAAAUAAGAUGCGCUGAUUUAUGCACCAUCCAAAUUGAAGCCAAGCAUAACGCAGCGAAUGCGCUAGCCGAAACGGGCAACCAGCAUCGCAUGGCACCCGCGGCCUCGGUACAGUUCUCUCCCAGAUAACAUGAACCACACAACCCGGCCGGUGGUCGGAGACACGCCGCCGUCUCUUCGGACGACCCUCCUUACGCAACCUCUUCUCAACGGUUCUUAUUCACCUACUUCACUCUCAUCGGGGACAUUGAGCUUCACCCAACUCCAUCACCUCUCACACCAACCUGUCACUUCAAUCACCUCUUGAAUUAACCUUAAACUCAUCGUAAACUCAACUCACAUCAAUCUCUCUCAAAAUGGACACCCCAGAAGACGACUUCGUCCUCGUCUCCCACGCAGACACCCACCCCACAUGCACAUCAACCUCACCGUGCUCACUAAUCUCAACCUCAUUCUCCCCAUCCGCAUCCUCACCUUCAUCUUCACCACCACCACCCUUCCUCGACGAAAUCUCCUCCAUCGUAACAGACCUCGCCGAAGCACUAUGGCCCGUCAACAAAACCAUCCACGAUAACCCGGAACUCGGCUACCGCGAGUUCAUCGCCCACGACACCCUCGUCGCCUUCAUGCGCACCCAGCCAGGAUGGAAAGUCACUCCCUCAGCCUACGGCAUGAAGACGGCUUGGGUUGCCGUCUGGGAAAGCGGGAAGAAGGGACCGGUUGUGUCGUUUAAUGCCGAGAUGGACUGCCUCCCAGGAAUAGGCCACGCCUGCGGCCACAACCUAAUAGCAACCGCCUCCCUAACAGCAGCCCUCGCAACCUCAACCCUCCUCGCCCGCCACGCCCUCCCCGGCAAACUCAUCCUCUACGGCACCCCCGCCGAAGAAGGCGGCGGCGGCAAAAUCGCCCUCCUCAAAGCCGGCGCCUACAACCCCGCCACCUGCCCCGGCAGCACCCCCUCCCGCCCCCCAGACAUCAACCUCAUAUCCCACCCCGGCAUCGUCCCCUCCACAGCCCUCAUGCGCACCUCAGCCUACACCUCCCUCAAGCUCGAGUACUUUGGCCGCGAGGCCCACGCGGCAGCGAACCCCUGGCUCGGGAUCAACGCGCUCGACGCGCUGGUGGUGGCGUAUACCUCCCUCUCCGUGCUUCGACAGCAGACGAGGCCCGGGGACGUGAUCCAGUGUAAUAUCUCGAAUGGCGGCGCAAGGCCGAAUAUCAUCCACGCCUAUGCGGCUGCGAAUUUCGUGGUGAGGUCGGAUACGCAGCCGCGGUUAUCUGAGCUUUUGAAAAAGGUUGAAAAGUGCUUCGCUGCGGGUGCCGAGGCCACGGGCGCGACGUUCAAGGUUACGUUUACGGGGGCGUAUAAAGACCAUGUUCCGAACCGCGUGCUGGGCCGUUCGUAUACGCGGUACUUUAACACGCUCCUCGCAUCCGGCGGUACCGGUGACGGAGACGAUACAGUGGAGAAUGACGCACCGAUCCCGACGGACGAAGACGUGGAUGAGAUCCGCGGGCGGACGAUGGCGAGUACGGAUCAGGGGGAUAUCAGCUACGCCAUGCCCUCGCUCAGCGUCGGCUUUGCGAUUCCUGCCGGGAAGGGGGGCCAAGGGCCGCAUAACCCCGAGUUUGCGGAGGCGGCGGGGACGAGGGUUGCGUUUGAGAGGAGUUUGAGGGUUGGGAAGGGGUUGGCUGGUGUUGCUGUUGAUGUUUUGACGAGGGAGGGGAUGGUGGCGGAGGUGAAGGAUGCUUGGAGGAGGGAUAUGGGGAUGUGAUGGGGAGGCGGGUGGUGGAUGGGGGAAGGUAAGGUGGUAGGUUGUUAAG